CACUGUCCGAUGUGGGACAAGUUCCGAAAGCCAAAAGGGAACGUCAUGAGUGGCGUCACAUAACACUAUCUAUAAAAAAGAACAAAAAGAAGCAAAACAGAGAGAGAGAGGGAGAGUGAGACAAUGGCUGAGAGAUCAGAUACAGAGGAAGUGAAGCUUUUGGGGAUGUGGGCGAGUCCUUUUAGCCGUAGGAUCGAGGUAGCUCUUACACUGAAAGGUGUACCGUACGAGUUCUCUGAGCAAGAUAUCACCAACAAGAGCUCUUUGCUGCUUCAAUUGAACCCGGUUUAUAAAAUGAUUCCGGUUCUUGUUCAUAAUGGUAAACCGAUCUCUGAGUCACUUGUGAUUCUUGAGUAUAUCGAUGAUACGUGGCGAAACAAUCCGAUUCUUCCUCAAGAUCCGUGUGAGAGAGCUACUGCUCGAUUCUUGGCUAAACUGAUCGAUCAACAGAUCUGUGUGGCGGCGAUGAAAGUGGUGGGGAAGGUCGGAGAAGAGAGAGACGCGGCGGUCGAAGCGACGAGAGAUUUGUUGAUGUUUUUGGAGAAAGAGCUUGUUGGGAAAGAUUUUUUCGGUGGGAGAAGUUUAGGGUUCGUGGACAUUGUGGCGACUCUUGUGGCGUUUUGGCUUAUGAGGACGGAGGAUCUCCUCGGAGUUAAAGUUGUUCCGGUGGAGUUGUUCCCGGAGAUUCAUAGAUGGGUUAAGAAUCUGUUGGGAAAUGAUGUUAUCAAGAAAUGUAUUCCUCCUAAAGAUGAGCAUCUUGCGUACAUCAGAGCUCGCAUGGAUAAGCUCAAUCUCAAAUCAGCUUGAUAAGGGUUAUUAUAGAGUUCUGAUGUUUUAAAGUAUGUCCCUUUUGUUCUUGUCUCUAUUUCUAUUGCUAAGUUUUAUGAGAUCAUUAAGCUGAAAUGUCGUAGGGAAGUGUGAGGUUGUUGUUGUAUUAUAGAAGCUCUAAUAAUCAAAGUAUGUGCCUUUGUUCUUGUCUCGAUUGCUAAAGUCCUAUGGAUCAUGUUUUAUGCUCAAAGCUCCCCAAGUUGUAGACAAAUAGUUGGGAACUGUGAACUUCUUUGAUGUAUUAUUGUCUGCAAGAGAUGGAAAUCAGAAUGUCAUUGUCACU